AUGGCUGCCGAGCUGAGCAUCGGCCCCGAGCUGCCCACCAGCCCCCUGGCCAUGGAGUACGUCAACGACUUCGACCUGAUGAAAUUUGACGUGAAGAAGGAGCCGCUCGGCCGACCCGAUCGCUCGGGCAGGCACUGCACGCGUCUCCAGCCGGCUGGCUCGGUGUCCUCCACCCCUAUCAGCACCCCUUGCAGCUCGGUGCCCUCCUCGCCCAGCUUCAGCCCCACCGAGCAGAAGACGCACCUGGAGGACCUCUACUGGAUGGCCAACAGCUACCAGCAGAUGAACCCGGAGACGCUCAACCUGACGCCGGAGGACGCCGUGGAAGCCCUCAUCGGGUCCCACCAAGUGCCCCAGCAGCUCCAGAGCUUCGAGAGCUUCCGGGCCGCCGCUGCCCACCACCACCACCAUCCCCAUCACCACCCCCACCCCCACCCCCACCACCAAUACGGAGGGAUCCCCCACGAAGACAUGUCCGGCGCCGGCCACCCGCACCAUCACCACCACCACCCGCACCAUCACCAGGCCUCUCCUACGCCCUCCACUUCUUCCAGUUCAUCCCAGCAGAUGCAGAACGCGCACCCUCCUCACCCUUCCUCCGCCUCCUCCUCCGCCUCCUCUUCCAGCAGCGUGGAGGACCGGUUUUCCGACGACCAGCUGGUCUCCAUGUCGGUGCGGGAGCUCAACAGGCACCUGAGGGGCUUCACCAAGGACGAAGUGAUCCGCCUUAAGCAGAAGAGGCGGACCUUGAAGAACCGCGGCUACGCCCAGUCUUGCAGGUACAAGCGGGUCCAGCAGAAACAUCACCUGGAGAACGAGAAGACCCAACUGCUUCAGCAGGUAGAACAGCUCAAGCAAGAAGUGACCCGGCUGGCCAGAGAAAGAGACGCCUACAAGCUCAAGUGCGAGAAACUGGCCAGCAAUGGUUUUCGAGAGGCUGGAUCCACCAGCGACAACCCGUCUUCUCCCGAGUUCUUCAUAACUUUAUCCUGGACUUUGCAAAACAAAGGGACGGGCACCGGACAAGCCAUCUAGAAUACCCACUUUGGAGUUCCUAUAAAACGGAAGAACACAUGGCGAAGGGGGGAAGUGCAUCAGUAGCCUGGAAAAGGAGCAAGGACAAUAUAUGCAGGUUUUUCAUAGAUUGCCUGCUUUGAAAAAAAAGGAACAGAAUUGAGAUGGGACUUAACCAUGUGAGCUAGUAAAAUAGGAAAGGAAAUUAAAGAGAGGGAGAGACAGAAGCCUCCUCAGUUUUAUUGCCUGCUUGAUUAUAUAGGAAAAAAAAUACAAAAAAAAUCUGCAUUAAAAAUAUUAAUCCUGCAUGCUGGACAUGUAUGGUAACUUCUAUUUUGUACCAUUUUCUUGUUUAAGAAUUUCGCAUGUUGUUGAUCAUCGACCAUACUUCUUUUUUUCUGUUGUACUGUUGUUUGUUUCUUUGAAUAAGAAACUGUCACAAAUUCUAUAUAAAAAAACCCUUCUUUUUACUUGCACAUGCAA